CAUGACGCACGGAAAACAUUGCGUCAUGACGUUUUAGGGGGAAAAAACAUCAACAACUGUAAGCGGUAGUUGAAUGCUUACGUUAACUGUGAAGAUUGACAACUGUCAGAACAUUUGGCGUCUUAAACAAGAUUACGAGCAUUUUUGCAGGAUUUGGGCAGAAGCAGACUGAUCAUGAGCACAGAGACUCAUGUGAAGGACAUUAAAGCUGGACUCAAGAAUCUCAAUGUCAUCUUCAUCGUGCUGGAAACAGGACGAGUGACGAAGACCAAAGACGGUCAUGAGGUGCGCACAUGUAAAGUGGCUGACAAGACGGGCAGCAUCAGUAUAUCGGUUUGGGAUGAAGUGGGUGGCCUCAUCCAGACUGGUGACAUCAUCAAACUUACUAAAGGUUAUGCCUCCGUUUUUAAAGGCUGUCUGACGCUGUACACUGGAAGGGUAGGUGAACUACAGAAGAUUGGAGAAUUCUGCAUGGUGUAUUCAGAGGUGCCAAACUUUAGUGAGCCAAAUCCAGAAUAUUUGGCCCAGAUGAAUAAAACGGGACUGAAUGACCAGAGCAACAUGAACAGCAGCACUGCUGCCCCUGCAGGUAAUGACACUCCCAACGGAAAUGGGGUGAAUUCUCAAGGCUCUGGCAACUCUACUAAUGCACAGCCGGGUGGACGAGCAAGUAGUGGAAAUGGAAACAGGUCGACACCAAGUCCGGGUGUGGGAGGAAGUUCUGUAACCAAUGGCAAGGAGACACGGCGAACGAUCAAAAGAUGAUUUUGUUCAGUAAUGAAUUAGCAUACUGUACAGUAAUAAUUUUAAAAUGGUCGUCCUGUUUUUUUAUUAUUAUUAUUAUUUGCGUAUUUGUCACACUUGAAUGAUUUAGAUCAAGCUAAUUUUAAUAUUACACAAAGAUAACCCGAGUAAAUACAAA